AGCGGUUACGUUACUGCGAUAACAUUACUGAAUAUCCGGCGAUGUGACGUCGCGUGCAAUAUUUCGCGAACUGGCUUCUGUAUGACGAGACGCGAAAAAUAAUAAGAAUAUGGCGUAUUCUUAUAACGUGGAAGAGGCACUCCCCGAUGAUGUUCCCAGCGUGGAACACGACGUCCGACGCGCGAAGAAAUUUCUCCAGGAGCACAGCUCGGAAUCGGGUGACAGCUUAUACGAUCACUUGACCGAGCUUUUAGCAAAAAUUCUGGCCGAACGACCGCGAAACGCUGUCGAUAAUUUUGAGGAGUACAGCAGAAAGCUGAAAGAAGAGAGGUUUAAGAGUAAGACGGAUCAUCUCCGGGAUCAGUACGUACCACCCGUACAAUACGAGGAUGCCAAGAAGCUCAUUAAGCUCUUCCAGAGCGUAAAGCAGAUUGACGAAGGCGAGCAGGAGAGAAUGGUGGACGAGGAGGAGGUCGAUAGGAAAAAGAGGUGCCCCGACAUGUUGGAUCUUUUGUUCUACUUCGAACGGACGGGUAUUGGAUUGCCGCGACACGAGAUGGUGUUGCUUAAUUUAUCGAUUCGAAAGCUCGCCUCCGCAAUACCGCUUGAAAACAUUAGAUUUUGGGGUAAAAUACUUGGAAAUCCCAAAAAUUAUUACGUGGUGGAGGCCGAACUUCAGCCGAACGAGCUCGCUCGAAGAUUAGAGCGAGAAGAAGCUGAUAUACAAAAAGUUCGAGUCGAGAGAGAGAAGAACGAUGCAAAAACCGAGAGGGAAGCCGUGAAGAGAACCGUCGGGGCUACGGAAACCCCGCGCGAGGACCCCGCACGAGGAGAAAAGCCUUUGGAGCUUGUCUUUCCGCCGUUGCCUGUUAAUCCGUGGAGGCCGCCGGCGGAAGUGCCGGCCGAGAGAAUCGGGAGCGGUCUGAAUAAAAAGGUGUAUUUUGUAUGCAACGCGCCCGGGUUGGACGAGUGGAUCGAACUUCCGGCGGUUACGCCGCAGCAGAUAGUAAUUGCACGACAGAUUGUCCGAUACUGCACGGGAAACUUGGAGACACCGAUACACAGUUUUCCGCCGUUUCCCGGCACCGAGAAAAAUUACCUUCGCGCACAAAUUGCCAGGAUCAGCGCGACUACUCAUGUUUCUCCGAUCGGCUUCUUCACACUCGACGGGGAAGUCGAGAAACUAGAGGAAGUGAUGGAAGAAGAAAGAAAAGAAAUUGUCUAUCAGACAGCGCGAGGAGAGCUGUCAGAAAAUGUUUAUUACACUCCACUACCGAUCAAAGAUCUCGUAGAUCCGUCUAUGUCAAAUUGGUGUCAUCACAGCCCUUAUAUUCUGGAACAGGGAAGAACUAUUUGGUGGAAUCCCGAAGAAGUAAAGAAGGCAGAAGUUGGAAGAGAGGUAGAAGAAGAAGAAGAAGAAGAAGAAGAAGAAGAAGUCAAGAAGGUGAAGAAAGAGAUUAUUGGAGAAAGAGGACCGCCUCUCUUGACUUCUUUGUCCAAAGACGGUAUUAUAGACUUUGUGAUACCGUGGACUGUCAGACAAUCGUCUUAUGUACAAUCAGAUACUGCAGUAGCUUUUGUCAAAUCUAACAUCUGGCCCGGAGCUUUUGCGUUCGCCGCUGGAAAACGUUUUGCCAAUGUAUACAUCGGCUGGGGACACAAACACUACGCGUACAAUUACAAUCCUUCCCAAAUGCCACCCGUCCAAGAUCAGUAUUCAAUCGGGCCGGAAGUCAUGGAAAUCAAUGAUCCUACAGUUGAAGAAGAAAAAGCAUAUCAAAUGACGCGUUCAUUACCAACGAAAGAAAUUUUAGAAGAAACUGAGGAAAAAG